UAUUGGUGGCUUUUAAUACUAACUUCAAAUCUUCAAUCUGAGCCUCACAGCUUUCACGUUCAGCUUGGAUGUUUAGUAGAUUUUCCUUGGCUUCUCUGGCUUCUGUAGAUAUUUCAUGCAUAGUUGCUGACAAUGUGAGGUAUGGACCACAACUUAGAGGGAAAAAGCUAAUUGAUGAUGAGGUGCGCAAGUUGCUGGCAAUGGCAGACUUCGAUGCUUCUUUCAUGGAUAAGUCCGGGGAUGAACUCUUUGUGGGUCAAGCACAAAGGGUUGCACUUGCUAGGAUUUUGGCUAAUUCAUCGGAGCACCCACCAGGAUACAACAUGGAGACGUGCCAUCGACGACGUGAAGCUUCAAGACGUGUAGAGUUUCGAGAUGUUUUGUGUGGUCUGGGACGAGAGAAAGAAAUGUUGUGCGAGAUUGGAAGAAAUGAAAUGAGAAGGGUUUUGCACUUAUUAUAAUAAG